ACGUUCCCGCUCGUUGGUGCACAGCCAAUAGGAAAUCGUCGGCAACGUUAAUUACGUUUGCGUUCUCGUAAGUGGAACUCAUACCAACGAUUGAAUAUUCGUGCGUCGGCGAGAGGAUGAUGCCAUGACGAGUUGACGACGACGAUGAUGUAGGCCCGUUUGGCUUCCAGACUCGAAUUAUUUUUGGGUGGUCAAAGUUGACAGCGUAAUGGCUACGGCCAGCUAUACCACCGCGCGGGUGCUUCAUUUCUUCGAACCACACACCCCUCUCUCCUAUUUUACAUCACAAUAAUAGGGAGGACAAUGGACAAUACUUUGUGCGUGGGGAACAACAAUAAUUGUGUGGCGCAACUGUGGGUUGACUUGCAACAAGGGCUAGCCUCACUGUCCUACUGUCAAUAUUAUCCACGUGUACAAUGUACACGGCGAGUUCACUCAACUGUUAUCACUGAGUGACUGCCAUGUUUUUGGCUAACCCAAAUACAUGCACUUCCCCCACGGUUCACUGAUCAUGGGUGUAGGCCAAAUAAUUUUUACAGCAACAAUGCAGAACCAUUGCUUAGUGUGUGAUUCAUACGUAGGGUAAUAACAAUUAAGGACUCGCCCUGAACAGUUAUUUGGAAAGUUCAUUCAUAACCUUUCCCUCUCUCCCGUGCAGAGUGAUUUUCUCUGCUUUCUUAGCCAUACAAUUUUAGACGGGUUCAUCAGAAGUCGUCACUGGCCUUUUGAUCACUUUCGUACCACCUCGGGGAUAACUUGAAAAAAUUAAUCGGCUGUGGACUCCAUGACGUUUGUGGAACUUGUGGAACUGUGAGUGGAAAUACAUCAACUGCGUGGAUCAGGGAAGCCAAUGCAAAAAAAAAUGGCCGAUGUUCGAAUUCACAACUGGUGGUUAAUUUGUGCUUUACUGCUUGAAAUCGGCAGUAAUUCUGCAGCUCUGGCAGCGGAGAAUGACCUUCAACUGGUUGGAAGUGAUCGAACCUUUGAAGGCAAAUUGAUGAUACAGCAUGCUGGGGCUUGGAGGACAGUGUGUUACGACGGAUGGACACAUGAGGAUGCAUCUACUGCUUGCAGGCAACUAGGAUACUCACAGGGUGCGAUGAUUACCAGAGCAAAUGAUGGAACUUUUGCUGGCCCAGCAGCUACCCCCACCCUUCGAUCACCGGGUUGCACUGCAUCACACCACCGGCUCACUGAUUGCACCGAUUUCCAGUAUCAGGAGAAUUUGACAUGCACCAGUGAGGUUGACUUGAGUUGCUAUGCCAAUGACUUCAAUGGUUGUUUCUCGAACACACCCCAAUCUUGGAAUAUGGAUGAAAAACUACCUGGUGCAUCAAAUAGCAUUGAGUCGUGUCUGGAUUUCUGCAGGAGCUCAUCACUCAAUCCAAGAUUUGCGGCACUUGCUGAAAGUCGGUGUUUUUGUGGCUCUGAUGAGGGUAACAUGGGUAGCGUUGUCUCCAAACUCAACUGUGCAUUGCCAUGCAGUGGGGACCCCAUGGAAGCAUGUGGAUCUAAUACUAAUGGCUACUUUGCAAUAUGGCCAGUUACUGUUGGUGCACCUGGGGGCGCAUGGACCACCGCAACUGGCUGUCUGUACUCGCGUGACUUCCCAGCUCGAUACCAGACCACGCGCAUGACAACCACUGAUGAGUACACAGUGACUCUACCCACGCGUGCCUACAUCUCUCUCAUGUUCAAGAGCUUCGACAUCUACAGCGGUGACAGCGUUAAGUUGAGAGACAAGUCCGCUGGGUCGGCAAUGACGACAGUGGAUCUGACUCCGCCCAGCUCGCCAGGGACUGCUGUCAUACCAUUGGAUUUUCGAGUGUCAAGAUUUUCACUGCUGUUCGUUUUGGCAGCCAACUCGCCUUCAGGGAGUAAUUAUGGUUUUGUCAUCUGCUAUGAAUCACUUGUGGAACUUCCUACCGAACCCCCUACUGUACCUUCAACUGUGCCUCCUACUGUGCCAGCAACUGACCCACCAACUGACCCACCAAUUGACCCACCAACCAUCCCCCUGACAGCUCCCCAAACCGAUGCUCCACAGCCACAGACCUUGCCUCCAGUUGGCCCUACUAUUGGUCAGCCCACAGACUCUCCGGAUUCAUGGACGACUCCCAGUCCAGAUGCUAUAAUGAGUACCGAUGUGCUGGCCAUUGAUAGCACCUCGGAACCACCAACUAGUACAAUUGAUGACCAAGAUACGGUCAUGAUGUGUCCUGCUUAUCAGGGGGCUCCUCUGGAAAACAGAACGGGUAGCGAAACAAUGACUGACAUUCUUCUCAUCAACACUGGCAAUCCCUUCAACUGCAGUGGUUUCUUGACCAACAUUAGUUAUUUUUCUGCUGGCGACCAUGCAUUGGAAGUCAGUAUAUGGCAACCUAAUCACAAUGGAGACACAGAUGAGUGGCUGUACAGCUUAUCUGCCACGGCCGCUCUAGAAGGAGCACACCCGGGGAUUGCAUCAGUUUCACUCAACAGGGAUGACUGGCUUCCUUUUGGUCCUGGGGAUGUGAUGGGAAUCCGCUUUCAGACCUCACCACUGAUGUUCAGCGAUGUAAUCUCAUCAGAUGAGGAAGCCACACUUUGGAUGAGAUGGAAUCUUGAAGAUGGAAGUGUAGCUGGCUCCAUCAUGGAGAAGAGGGACACGGUCAAUGCCACUGCUCUCAACCGUACUUACUCCAUCUCUGCAACCUUGAGAGACAAAGCUCACUGUUUGGUCCCUAAUGUUCCCAACGUUGCUUCCACCGAUGCCAUUGUACCUUACGUGUACGAGGGAGACGACUACUUACUAGAUUGCAGAGCGGGCUACCGACCAGUUGGAGGGCGAGUUUACAUGUGUCAAUCUACUGGGAGAUUUGAUAGAAACUUGGAAUGCCAAGACGAUGGAAGUUCCCCAUUACCAAUCUUCACCGUGGUGAUCCUGUGUGUUGUUGUCUUGGUAUUGAUCUGUCUGACUGUGUUUGUCAUCACCUGCAUGAUGAUGUGUUGCAGUUCUGGGGCCAAGCGCUCUGGGGAAUCUGCACCUGCCAAUGUGAAGACGGAGGCUGACACCAGCUCCAAGUCUAUAGACCAGCCAGAUGCUGGCAUGGGUGAUACCAAUAGCAUGGAUGACAACCAAUUCCUCAUCAACAUUGACUCAGAAAAUGGCGAGCCAGAUGAAGUUGCCAACCCUGUGGCAGAACAGGGUUUGGAAGUGCCAGCGCCUGAGGAGACUUCACCCCUACCGGACUCAGAUGCCCACGGCAUGGAGAAUGGCAUUGCUAACCCAGAGGCCAAUGUGGAGGGCACCCCAGUCAUGGAGAACCCUGUUCAUGAUUCUGAUGUCUAAAUUUAACAACUGCCUGUGAACAUCUGAAGAAAUGCUUUACAUGUUCUGGUGAGUUGUGGUGAUAUUCCUGGCUUAAAAGGUAAUGGACCAUUUCAUCAGCUUGGUAAAGGCUUUUAUCAUUAAUCCUGUAAAAUCAGUCACCUUUCAUGUACAUUGCUAUCACCCAUAACCUUGAAUGAUUCAUGUAGUUAUAGCAACAAUAUCUUUUGAUAAUCAGCAACUAAAAAAAAUAAUCAACCUGUCUUAAUUUGGUGGUUUGUCUUGUGCCUCUUUAGUUUUGGUUGAGAGUUACUUCUUUGUCCCAUACUCAUGGAUCCCGAUCCUUGCCUGCUCCCAAUCACUUCAAGUUUUUCAGACAUCGUUUUAAACAAAAUCUGUUGUAAUUAAUGCCCAGUUUUAAUUUACUCAUUAUAUGCUGCUGUACUACUCACACUACAAUUGAUUACAAAUGAAAAUAUGACUGAUAUAUAUAGUGUAAAUUAAUUGUAAAUAAUGCGUGGACAUAUAUUUUUACUAAAAUCAUUUAAGGCAAUUGUAAUGUUAUAUUUAUAGGUUGUACGCUAUGAGAAACACCAAUAGUAGUGUACAAUCUAAAGUUUAUCGCAGAAUACAUUUUAAAGUUGUAUUCUUUUGAAGACAUUUGUUAUUGUUGGUUUUGUUUUGUUUUUUUGCUAUUCGCAUACUCAGUGCUGUACCCAAUAUCAAAUCUUCCUGACACAAAAUCCAACUGACAAAAACAGACUGUGAUUGUCUUACCUUAGGAUGUGUUGGAGUAAAGGAGAGAUGUAUUCACAACAUCCUAUGAAGUUGAAGGUGUGUCGCAUGACCUGAUGAUGGAUGAGUAUGCCAAUGUAAAACCGUGUCUAAGCACAAGUUAUUAUAUGGGAUACUGUUACAAGUUUCCCAACAUUGUUAGUACAUUAUCUUUAAAACUGUGGUGGUGGUCAUUUAAGUAUUCAUCAAAAGGAAAUUCAUAUACACUCAAGACAGUUUACCCAUUCCUACUGGUCAAGAGCCUGUCACAUAGGUGGUUUUAAAUGGUUGAUAAAACACCAACUGGUUUUAUACACUUUUCCCCGGCACUGCUUUGUUCUGCGCCACAUUGUGCAGUAUGCACCACGCGUGUGCGAAUCUCCAUGGACUUAUUCACGAGAAAGCCAUUUUGGUCGGGUUCCCUGAAUGUAUUUUAUUAACCCUAACUUCCUAGGGGGUGUGCAAAAUUGUUGCAUGGGAGGAUGCCAGAUUAUUUAUACAUUCUAGCCUCACUUUCAUUUUUUGUGACUUAAACAUUAGGGUAUAUUUAAUCACAAAUUGUACAUUAUUCAUUAGAGCAGACUGGUAUAAUGCGUCAUUAACUUUGUCAUUACUUUCAUUUCUCUUCGCAAGUUCUAAAAAUGAAGAUUUUACCUCACUUUACAUUCAAUAUGGCCGACUUGUGAAUAAGGCCCAUAUAAAGAAAUUUUUAGUACUACUCACGUGAGGCACAUACCAUAAAGCUGGAGGGGUGUUUCACAAAACAUGAAGUAAACUUGUUAAAGAAAAUCGUUGGAAAUUUAUAAUUUGUGACUUGUUUUGAUUUUUUGACCGAAAGGUACAGGAAUAAAUAUGUGCUUUGCCGGCAUUAAACAAGUACUUUCAAAACCCGGUAGGAGCUUGUUCACAGAUUAUCCACGUACUUGUUUAAAACCGGCCAUCACAAAUGUAUUCCCCUUUUAAUAUACUGGGUGUUUUAAAAAAAAAAAGAUAAUCCUAAUUUAAAGGGUUAAUACGGCCAGAAUAUAUGUUUACCAGCAGAAAGUAAAAGCUACAUGCUUUUCAAUGAUACCUUGGUUACUUUCCAGGGUCAUGCAUUAUUGAGCUCCAUUUUCUUGAAAACAUGGUGCAAAAUUGGGGUUGGUUCACUUUCUUGUCAAACAAUAUCGACACAGUGUGCUGGAAGACAUUCAAGAUGAAAGAGCACAACCACUUACAAAAUUGAAGAAGACUCAGGUUCUUGUAUAAUCUUGAAUUUUAUUCAUGAGUACUAGUUCAACUUUCCACUUGCAACACCAGGAAAAUGUAAUCUUCAGUUUAUCUGUGGUGGGCUCAAGAUGGCACACCAGCCCACCAUUUCCUUGCUGUUCGAAAUCGCCUGUGGGAAUGCUUUCACAAACGAGACUUUGCCACCCCGGUAGUCCCCAGGCCACCAGACCUCAUGCCAUGUGACUUUUUUGGGGGGGUCAUUUGAAGAACAAAGUGUUCAGCACCCUACUGCGCAACAUGCAGGAUUUGCGUAACUGGCUUUGGUGCGAAGUGGAUAUUUUGUGAGAAGAUCCAGAUACCGUGAGCUGUGGACAACAUGCGGCGUCGAUGUCAACUGUGUUUGGAGAGGGGAGACCAGGAGAGUGCCUUGGCAAGUGAGGGAAAAUCAGAAACUUAUGCUUAAAAAUGUUUCACUCAUUAAUAAAAUUGACCUAUCGCUGUUUACCAACCCCCUUAGACAACCCUAUGGAAUUCUUGUUCGUAAGUUUUUUUGUCUCA